AGGAUGGCAUGGAGGAGAUAAACUCCACUCUAGCUCAGUCGUCCCUCCCUGAGAUGUCCAUGACAAGUACUGACAGGCCGAGGGCGCAGCCUGAUAUUGACACAGAAGAUCAUGAAGAACCUGGUGAGAUGGCUGGAAAGGGCGGAGGGCCUGGUUGGAAUACGCGGAUGCCUUCUGUUGGCUACUGCAGUACCGCUGCCACAACGCCACUGGCAAGUGCCACAGCAUCGGCCAUGCCUUCUACACCCCAGGAAGGAAGAAGUGGAGAGCUGACGCCCCGAGGGUCUCAAGAGUGCAGAGGUACUGAACUCUUGAAUGCUCCUGGGCAGUGCGAUUUGCUCCCGGGAGGCGUUGGUCAUUUUCGUCUUGGAACAACUUGUUUGCAAUUGACAAAAGGGUGGCAGCCCUAG